GAACCUGACUUUGAAAGCACUGGUGGUUGUUUCCGAACGAAGGUCUUCCUGGUUCCUGUAGCUCUCCUCUAAGAUCUCGGACUGGGACGAGACUGCCCAUGAUUAGCAAUUGACAAGAGCAGGAGUUUCCAGACUGGCAGCCUCGCUCCUUGUGGGUGUACAAUUGCAUGAGAAGUUAAAGUGUGGGAAUAAUGUCUAGAAUGUUCCUAACUCCCCCCAGACUCAGUGGCAUUCCACUUUCUCAGAAGUAGUCUGAGAAACAGGAGCGUGGAGUAAAACUAUAGCUUUAGUUAAAAGAAUGAAAAGUCUGAGGCUCCUUGGAGCCAGAACUGUGCUUCUGCAAGUUAAAAAAAAAGAGAGAGAGAGAGCUUUACCACACCCUAAAUUCAUUUCCCCAGGGCUUGGUUCCCACAGGCAGAGGGGAGUCAGUUUGCUGAGUGAAAAAAACAUUUUAGGUCCCAGCAGGGAGGAAGUCUCCUAGAUGAAAGGUGGCGGGCUCUGCCCGUGUAACCAACAGUUGCCUGGCUUGUGUCUUUUUACAAACCUUCUGAAGCAAAUCAAACAUGCAGGUCCUAGAGGAAGUGUCCCAGUCUAAGAAUGCCAGGGUUGAUGUUAUCCAAGGGUGAAAAUGAACGGUUGUUCUGCAGACAGCAAAGAAUGCCAGGGUUGAUGUUAUCCAAGGGCAAAAAUGAACAGUAGUUCUGCAGACAGCGAAGAAGGACACAGAUUUGGGAUUUUGAGCUAGUCCUCCAAGACUUGUCACUGUGGAGGAACUUCUAGAAACAGCGAAAGGAGUCACCAACAUGGCUCUAGCCCACGAAAUUGUCGUCAAUGGAGACUUCCGGAUUAAUGCCGUUGAAUUAGCAGAAGGCAGCUUGGAGAAAAGAGUAAAGGAGAUUGUACAUAAAGCAUUCUGGGAUUGCUUGAGUGUCCAGCUAAGUGAAGACCCCCCAACAUAUGACCAUGCCAUCAAACUUGUAGGAGAGAUCAAAGAGACCCUGCUGUCUUUCUUGCUGCCUGGUCACACUAGACUAAGGGACCAGAUAACCGAGGUCUUGGAUCUGGAACUGAUUAAACAGGAAGCAGAGAACGGGGCCCUAGACAUUGCCAAGCUGGCAGAAUUCAUUAUUGGCAUGAUGGGGACAUUGUGUGCACCUGCUCGUGAUGAGGAAGUUGAAAAGCUAAAGGACAUUAAGGAAAUAGUGCCUCUUUUCAGGGCAAUCUUUUCUGUGUUGGACCUAAUGAAAGUAGACAUGGCCAACUUUGCUAUCACUAGCAUUAGACCACACCUCAUGCAGCAAUCGGUUGAUUAUGAGAGGAAGAAAUUUCAGGAGGUGUUAGAGAAGCAACCGAACUCCCUGGACUUUGUCACCCAGUGGCUGGAGGAGGCCUCAAAUGACCUUUUGACUCAGAAGUACAAACACGCCCUGCCGGCUGGGGGAGGGGCUGCUGGCUCUGGGGAUGCUGCAGUGCUGAGCCCUGCUUCUGUCCAGAAUUAUGCCUACCUGAAGCUUCUAAAAUGGGACCACUUCCGGAGACCUUUCCCCGAGACCGUUUUGAUGGACCAGUCUCGUUUCCAAGAACUUCAGUUGCAGCUGGAGCAGCUGGUCAUCCUGGGGUCUGUGCUGCUCGUCACACUCAGCACCGCCGCACCUGGGAUUUCUGGGCACUCUGACUUUGCUGAGAAACUCAAGAUGACGGUGAAGAUUCUGCUAAUGGACAUGCGUCUGCCUUCCUUCCGUCUGGAGGAUGCUCUGACUUCCAUUGGGGAGAAGGUGUGCCUGGAGGUGAGCAGCUGCCUCUCCCUGUGUGGAUCAUCCCCAUUCUCCAUCAACAAGGAGACUGUCCUCAAGGGCCAGGUUCAGGCCCUGGCCAGUCCUGACGACCCCAUUCGCAGGAUUGUGGAGUCCCGAGUUUUUACCUUCUUGGAGACAUACCUUGCCUCUGGUCAUCAGAAGCUGUUGUCUACAGUGCCAGGGGGAUUGGGUCCCAUUCAGAAAGAGCUGGAAGAAGUUGCAGUGAAAUUUGUGCGCCUGGUCAACUAUAACAAGAUGGUGUUCUGCCCUUACUAUGACGUAAUCCUCAGUAAGCUGCUCCUCCGCUCCUGAGGGCACAGCUGCACGGCACCGGCUCCUCUCCUUGGAUCCCCGCUCUCGCAGUGCCGUUGCUGUGGAGAAUGGCAUGUGGUACACUCCUGUUUAAUAGCGCUGGUUCCUGUGUCGCUGUUGGAAAGACUCGCUGAAGAAUGCACUGAGUUCUGUUUUGAGGACUGUAUUUACGAGGGCAAGUUUACAAACUCAAGAAGCUCUCGUUCUCUUGAGUUUACAGGUAGCACUUAGCUUCCAUCAGUUGGCUGCCACUGUCUCGGCUCCUGCUGCCUCGGUUGGAGGAGCCGGUCCUCCCAAGGAGCCUGGGGCCUGUCUCUCCUGUGGCUCGUUCUUUCUCAGACACUCCAUGCUGACAGUCAUAAGCCAUGGCUUGUUCCAUUGCUUCCCAGCCUUCCUCCCACUACUCUUCCUGGGAGGGGUUUUGUUUUUCUUUUUUCAAGACCAAGUUUCUCCAUGUAGCUCUGAUUUUCCUGGAACUAGCUCUGUAGUCCUGACUUGCCUAAACUCACAGAUAUCCCCCUGCCUCUGCCUCCUGAGUGCUGGGAUUAAAGGCACGUGCCUCUAAUGCCUGGCCCCUGUGGAUGUUUUGUGACGAGGCCAUCUAUAGCCUUACAGUGUCUACCCCACUCAUCUCCACCUCUAUCCAUUUAUUGCUACUUGGGUCCAGCCGAGCCAGCGUUCAGAGCCCUUUUGUUCUACAGCAGAGUUACUUGAUAAUUUACUUUGUCUUAUUUUUUAUUAUCAUGAUUAUUUUUGAAACAGCGUCUCUCUCUCUAUAUAUAUAUAUACACCUCUGGCUGGCCCGGAACUUGUUUUGUAGGACAAGUGGACUCAGACUUGCAUCAACCCUCCUGCCUCUGCUUCACACGUGCUGGGAUUACAGGCUUCUGCCGCCAUACCCACGGGAUAGAACUUGAUUUGUAAAAGCUUAUUUGUUGGCUUGGGAUGUAGUACACUGGUUACUGGUUGCCUAGCAUGGACAAGGCUCUGGUAUGAUCUCUUGCAUUUAAACAAUGAAAAAUGUACACACACACACACACACACACAGCAGGCAUUGAGAAGCCAUAAGCCCUUGUAACUUCAGCUACCUGAAAGGUAGGAGGAUUGUGCCCAGGAACUCAGGAGCAGCCUGGGUAAUAAAGACUCCACCUUAAAAGAACAAGGACAGAAAUAUUGUUCUUUCUACAGAAGUGUUCCGGAGCCAGGAUGGCAGCAGCUGAGGCUUAUGGAGCCAGGCAUGGUGACAUGUGCCUGUAAUCUUAGCUCUAGGGAGGCUGAGGCAACAGAAUUGUAAAUUGAACUUGCUAAGCUGGACUACAUAGUGAGAGCCUCCUUCAAAAGCAAGACAACAUGCUGGGCAGUGGUGGCACACACCUUUAAUCCCAGCACUCAGGAGGCAAAGGCAGGUGGAUCUCUGUGAGUUCAAGGCCAGCCUGGUCUACAGAAUGAGUUCCAGGACAGCCAGAGCUACACAGAAAAACACUGUCUCGAAAAACAGAAAAAUGACCACACUUAUGUAUGAAGUCUAAAGAAAGUCUAAAUCCUUUUACUUUUAAUCCUUAAUAGAUAGAUGUAUAUAGUUUAGUAUAACAGGAAAGAAGAGAAUAAUCCACUGUGAUGAAUACACAAAUGUGCUGAUGAAAUUCUAAUUCAGAAAUUAGAUUUAAGUAUUUCAGAUAAAAUAGCCCACCCUCACUAAUCUAGAUAAGGAAGAAAACUCCCCAGUAUUUGAGCAGAAUUCUUAAGGAAUUUGAGUGACCAGAAUUCCCGACACACCAUAUGACCAUGAGAGUGCUUUGGAUGUGGUACAGAUGAUCUGUUAAAAAAAAAAUAAAUAAAAGAAAGAAAGAAAAAAAAAAAGUAAGCCAGGCAGUGGUGAUGCACUCAUUUAAUCCCAGCACUUGGGAGGCAGAGGUAGGCGGAUCUCUGUGAGUUUGAGGCCAGCCUGGUCUAAGGAGCCAGCUGGUCUACAGAGCGAGUUCCAGGACAGGCUCCAAGUUACACAGAGGGACUCUGUCUGGGGCGGGGGUGGGAGGUGGGGGUAGUACAUGCACUACUGUGUGUAUUUUAGACUGGAACAUCUCCAGUCAGCUUCCCUGGGCAUCAGACAAAAGGAACAUUCACUCUGAAAACUAUGCAGUGAUGACAGGAUGCAGGUCAGAGGGCAUAGUAAACCUAGCCUGGGGGAGUACACCUGAAAUCCCAACGCUUCAGAGGCUGAGGCAGAAGGCUAGCCUGGGGUAUAUAGCAAGACCCCACCUGAAAAAGAAAAAGAAUGGCUGUAUUGAGGAUGAUUUCUCCAAAUACAUGCUGCAAACUACUCUAAUGCUGAUUUUUGUUUCCAAGUAAAAUAAUGUGCUGAAUGUGCCUCCAGAGGCAGGAGAAGGUGGAUCUCCAUGAGUUCAAGGCCAGGCUGGUCUACAUAGUGACUUUCCAGGCUAUCGAGGGAUGCAUAGUGAGACCUGUCUCAAAAAUAAAUAAUGAAAGUAUGCUAUAUUACGUGCUCAGAUUAUUAUUUCCGUGUAGCCCUGGCUGCCCUAGAACUCCCUAUGUAGACCAGGCUAGCCUGGAACUCAGAAAUUGCCACCACACCUGACUAGUAAGUCAUUAAAGUCUAGCCGGAUGUGUCUGCUAACACCUGAAAUACCAGCACCUAGGAGGUGGAGGCAAGAGGGUUAGGAGUUCAAGGCCAGUGUUGGCUAUUAGCACGUCUGAAGCCAGUUUGUGCUAAAUGAGACUGUUUCUCAAAAUACAAAAGAAAACAGUGUUACCAUUUAGGCUUCAGGACAGAUUGUCUGGAAGAGGAACUAGAGCCCUGGAGGUGUAGAUCAGUGGUAAAGAGCUAGACUAGCAUGUUCAAGAUGGCAGAUUUGAUCCUUGGUACCAAACCCCAAAUCGUUCAGUAGUAACAGAGACUUCUGGACAAGAGCAUAGACAUGACUUGGAAGCUACUGAAAAUGGCUCUGGUAAUUGUUCCUGUGUGACGCGGGGCGGAGGCCCCGUUUCGGUCUGAGCAGGUGUUUGCUCUGAGCCUUCUGCUCAAGGCUGUGUGGUAGUCGUGUUUGUAGGAGAGUUAAAUAGACUUUAGGGUCUGCGGUGGGGUAGGCAUGCCAGGUGGAAGGAUCAGAGGCAGCACUGUUAGAACAGGUCUUGCUUUGGGUGUUUGAGGUGGGUACUGGUGUUCUGCCUGUAUGUAAUUCUGUGCACCAGGUAUGUGGUGCCUGAAAUACCAGAAGAGAGCAUCAGAUCUGGAACUGGAGUCAGUUGUUAGCUGCUUUGUUAGUGCUGGGAAUCGAACCCAGGUCCACUGGAAGAACAGCCAGUACUCAGUAAACACUGAGCCAUCUCUCUAGUCUAGUCCCAGGAUUUAUACAAAGGACUUGGAUCUGCUUGUAGGAACUCAGGCAGAAAUGAUAAGAUCAUUAUUAAAGGACUUCUAAUCUAUAGAGAUAUGGCAAAUUGGAAAAAAAAAGCGGGACUGAAUGUAAUUGCCUGUCAUCUCAGCAUUUGGGUAGCUGAGACAUGAGGAUUGAAAGUUUGAUAUUAGGCUGGGCGGUGGUGGUGUGACACCUUUAAUCCCAGCACUUGGGAGGCAGAGCCAGGCGGAUCUCUGUGAGUUCAAGGCCAGCCUGGUCUACAGAGUGAGAUCCAGGACUGGCAUCAAAACUACACAGAGAAACCCUGUCUCGAAAAACAAAAAGAAAAAAAGAAAGUUUGAUACUAGGAGAGAGAGAGAGAGAGAGAGAGAGAGAGAGAGAGAGAGAGAGAGAGAGAGAGAGAAGAGAGAAUGAGAAUCAAAUGUACCCUCAUGUCUCAGGCUCCAGAACCCCUGGUCACUCUAACAGGGCAGCCUGGCUGCAUUUUAGAUGAGAGCACUUUAAAAGAACAGCUCAUCUCUUAGGGUGUGUUCAAUGAGGCCAGGGGAAGGUUUGAGGAGAGCUCACUGGUGUCUGUGCUGUUGAGGCUGAGACGCCCGCCCCUUACCUGGAUGCAGCACUGUUGGCCUGCUUCAUCCUGUUUGGAACUUUUACUCCCUCCCAGGAUGAGGAACAGAGCCUCCCUUCCCUCUGAUGCAGAAGAUGCAGUCACCACUUCACAGAGCUGUUGUGUGGUGUUUUGUGUUCUGACAAAUAAAACUUGUCGGGGAUCAGAAGAUGGAGCUGGCCACUAGUUAACCGUAGAGGCCAGGUGGUGGUGGCUCCUGCCUUUAAUCCCAGGGGAGGCAGAGGAAGUGAUGAGGUGGGUCCCUUUUGGUCUGAGGAUCCGGAGAGGUAAGAAGUCACUAGUGGCCGCUCCUCGGCUUCUCUGAUCUUUCAGGCUAACACCCCGAUAUUUGACUCCUGGUUUUUAUUGAUAAGACUAAUUAGGUUCACGCUUCACAUAGCGUUCUUCUAAAUCCCUAAAAUGCUGCUAAGAGUUAACACUUUCCCCCGUCCUGGUUCCUAAACUGGUGGGGUUGAGACUGGGCAACUUGAAAUUUUGAUGCAUAAAUAAAGACCUUUACGGACUCCCAGCUCA